AUGAAAAUUUUUCUGAUUUUUAUUUUCGCUGUUUUUGCGGAAGAAUCGAGUGGGGAAUCGAGCGGGGAUGGCGAGGUCGAAAGAGAUUCUUUGACUGAUGAUGAUGAUUUUUCCGCUUCUGAUCGGUCUUCUCUUUUGGAUAGGAUCAAGGGUUUGGAGCAAGAAAAUUGGUCAAAAGAUUUAACGAUCGAAAAUUUGAAGGAUGAUUUGGAGAAAAUGACUCGCAAGAAAAAUCUUUUCAAAGGGAAAUUGAGGAAUGAAAAAGGAGAGACCCAAGCUAUUCCAUUUAAUUUGAUGGACAUCACAACAAUUCAAGCAACUAAUCGAAGUUCUCCAGAACAACCGAUUUAUCCUGCGUAUCCUCCAUCAAGACACCAGCUCAGUUACAACUCUGAAAUCAUCUACGAAUAA